GGCCCCGCGUCCGCCGGUUGUUGUAGUAACGGGGAAGCGAAGGGCGAGGCUCUGGCUGGCUGGCGGCCGUGCUCUUUCGCCUCUACCCUCCCCGCUGGCGGGGGCGAUGUCGGAGCAGGUAACUGCUCUUGAAAAAUCCCUUGAAUCUGGAAGAAGAACUCCCCGAGGCUGCUGAGACUGUGCUGUAUGAAAACUCCCAGAGGAAAUGCCAGUUGGGAUGGCUCGAGAUCUGGAGGAAACUGGCUCCUCCUCAGAGGAGGAGGAAGAUGAUGGAGAUGGAUUGGAGGACCAUCCAUGUAUCAGGUGGACUGGUGGAGGUUGCAGGCGGAUCCCUGUCUUGGUGUUUCAUGCUGACGCCAUUCUAACCAAUGACAACUACCUUCGCCUAGUUGGAGAGCGCUACCACUUGUCCUAUAAGAUUGUGCGAACAGACAGCCGCCUGGUCCGGAGCAUUCUGACUGCCCAUGGGUUCCAUGAAGUGCACCCUAACAGCAGUGACUACAAUCUUAUGUGGACAGGAUCACACUUGAAGCCCUACUUGCUGCGUUCCCUUACAGAUAUUCAGAAAGUCAAUCACUUUCCUAGGUCAUAUGAACUGACGCGAAAGGACAGACUGUACAAGAAUGUCAGUCGUAUGCAGCUGACCCAUGGAUUCAAGACGUUCCAUAUCCUACCUCAGACCUUUAUCCUCCCAACAGAGUACCAGGACUUCUGCAAUACCUAUUCUAAGGAUAGAGGCCUAUGGAUAGUGAAGCCUGUGGCCUCUUCCAGGGGUCGAGGUGUCUACCUGAUAAACAAUCCAAACCAGAUUGUCCUGGAAGACAACAUCCUGGUUUCUCGUUACAUCAGCAACCCUCUGCUCAUAGAUGAUUUCAAAUUUGAUGUGCGCCUCUAUGUUCUGGUUACAUCCUAUGAUCCACUUGUCAUCUAUCUCUACGAGGAAGGAUUGGCCAGGUUUGCAACAGUGAGGUAUGACCAGGCAUCCAAGAACAUUAAAAACCAGUUCAUGCAUCUGACCAACUACAGUGUCAACAAGAAGAGUGGAGAUUAUGUCAGCUGUGAUGAUCCUGAUGUAGAGGAUUAUGGAAACAAGUGGAGCAUGAGUGCAAUGCUGAGGUACUUAAAACAAGAGGGGAGAGACACCUCAGCACUGAUGGCCAAUGUGGAGGACCUGAUUAUCAAGACUGUAGUUUCUGCUGAGCUGGCCAUUGCCACAGCUUGUAAAACCUUUCUGUCGCAUCGUGGCAGCUGCUUUGAGUUGUAUGGUUUUGAUGUCCUCAUUGAUGACACUCUCAAGCCAUGGCUGUUGGAGGUGAACUUAUCCCCAUCAUUGGCCUGUGAUGCUCCUUUGGACCUGAAGAUCAAAGCUAGCAUGCUCUCAGAUAUGUUCACUCUUGUAGGCUUUGUGUGCCAGGACCCAGGCCAGCGGUCAGGUCGGGCCAUUUAUCAUUCCUCUGAAUCUGUUAGAAGGAAUCCAUACCAAAAGGUGCAGCGUCCUGUGUCUGCACAGUCCCAAGCAGCAAACCUCAGAUUGCGUGCUCGUCCUCUGUCUGCCUGUGAUGCUGAAACUAAAAACCCAGUGCCCUCAAGCAGGGAAAAAGUGACAGGAAGGCAAGGCAGCUCCGUGCUGGGUCUCUCUAUAGAGGAGAUAAAAGUUCUUCGGCGAGUGAGAGAGGAAAACGAACGGCGAGGAGGCUUUGUCCGGAUAUUCCCUACCCCAUUAACGUGGGACCUUUAUGGAUCCUUUUUAGAGCACAAGACAUCAAUGAACUACAUGCUGGCCACACGUCUCUUUCAGGACAGGGGCAGGACAAAAAGAGACUUGCUCACUGGGAGAUCUCGAGCAGGUGUUAGUGGAAGGUUGGAUACGAGGCUGGAAGCUGUAGGCUCUCACACUCUGUUUUAUGAGAGAAAGCUUGUUUCACUGGAGCUGCGGAAGCGCCGGCGCUGUCAUGACAAGGCUAGAGCAGCACGGACAAGAUCAACAGGGAGAUCAGAAUUGGCAAAGCUGUCCCUCAAAUCAGACACAGAGGGUGAGGAGGAAGAGGAGGUGGGUGCAGAUGAAGACGAAGAGCUAGAAAGAACUAUUAGCUCUCUUUCGGAGACCCAGCCAAAAAGCGAGACAAAGCUCUCUGAUUUGGUGAAAACCACUCGCAAGGAGAGAUUGCCAAAACCACUUGACAUAAAAACUGGAGAUGGAGGAGAGCCAUUUCCUCAGAAAACAGACUCACAAUCUCAGUUUAAUCUGCUGCACGUUCUUCAAAGACAUGGAAACCUGAGCAAAGUGCAAGCUCGCAAGGCCUUCUCUGCCUAUCUACGGCAUGUUCAGUUGCGACUGAUGAGGGAGGCUACUGACCGGAUCCAGAAUCCUGCCUGGGCUGCCAAAGAGGAUGAGCAAAUGGAGCUUGUGGUACGCUUUCUGAAGCGAGCUGCCAACAAUCUUCAGCAGUCCUUGAAGAUGCUGAUCCCAAGCCGUUGUUUAGGACUGGGUGAUCGUCGUCGUAUCCUGGCUCACCAGCUGGGCGAGUUCCUAAUCUGUUAUAAUAAGGAAACAGAGCAGAUGGUUCAGAAGCGAUCAAAAAAGAAACAGGAAGAGGAGGAGGAGGGAGUGACUCCUGAAGGUUUUCAGAACUUUAUUACCAGAGCAAGUGAAAGUGACCUGAAGGAAGUUCUGACAUUUUACACACACAAAAACAAGUCAGCAAGUGUCUUCCUAGGAACAAAUUCCACAAGCAGCCACACUAAUAACCACCCAGAGAAACAGUCUCAAGGGGAGCAUCCUGAGAUGGUAAAAAAAAUAAAAGACAAUCAGCCCAAAGGUUCGGUUGCACAUCUGCCUGCAGAAGGAGCAUUAAAAGGCUAUAAACCCAAAGAAGUUAAAUCAACCUUUCCAGAAGAAGCCACCUUCUCCAUAAAUGCUGAAGUGAAAUUACCUCGCUGUGACCUUCCUAGUGCUUCAUCCUCUGCUUUUGGCACUGCAUUCCAGAGAAACACCAGUUCCUGGAUACCAUCUCAGUCUGCAGCCUCUGAAAAUUCACAGGUGCUUGGUCACCAUUCAUUGUUGGCUCCUCCAGCUGAUGCCAGGCGGAUUCAGUCCCCAUUCCCACUACCCACUUCACAGAGCACAGCUCCAGACAGCUCCUCUGUCUUCACAAAUCCAGCGUCCAGUGAGGCUUCCAGCCUUGCAGGGUUGCAUCAUUGUCCUUCUAGUAGCUACACCAAUGGCCCAUUCUCAUCUUUUCAGAGAGCUGCUCAGAUCUAUAGCCAAAGAUUGUCCCGACCAUCUUCUGCAAAAGUAGGACUAUGUCAUGGCAGUCCAGCUAGGCAGCGCGUGGGCUCAGCCAGGACGCACAAAGAUGCGGAAGGUACUGCUCAGAGCAAACUUUGUAACUCCAGUAUGGGAGCAACAGAACUGCAGCAGCUGUCAGAAAAGCAAGCAGCCUGUCAGUAUUCCCUACCAAGCCACAUCAGUCUCCUCACACAGCAGUUAACAAACCUGAACUUGGCAAGUGGAGCUAUAAGCAAGGGGAAUGCAGCUGCCCCACAGAGCUACCGGUCACAACUCAAGAAAAGAGGGUCAUUGCAGGCCGUUCACUCAGACACCCAUAUAGCUGACAAACAAGCUGCCCUUUCAGCAGUCAGGGCUACUGAGAAUCAUCAUUUUGCCAGGGAAGGAGAAACGGAGGACAGCAUCUACAACAAAGUGACACGAAGUCCACUGGCACAUCCCAAUUAUCAGCUCCAUUUUGCUGUGCAGCGGCUUGAGCAGCAGAAACUUCAGGCACACCAGCUGUUGGAGAAAAGCCAAGCCCGGAACCAGGUUCUCUUUGCCAACUACUCACAGUCCUGCACCAGCCGUCUGUCUGUGCCAGCUGGCUCGGAUGCUCGCAAGACAUCAAGUGCCACUUCUAGUAUCCAGAAGGCAGCCAAUUUUCACAAAGUGAUGCCAUCCCAGAGUACGCCUUCUCAGCUGGUUCCAAAGCCUCCAGCAAACCACAGGCAGGCAGUGGUCAGAAAGGCUGCAGCCCAGAGGAUUUCCAAGGUGACCUCCACUGAAAGACAACUGAGCAGAUUACAGAACAGCCUUCACAGUGCUACAUCCUGUGAGCCAGGGACAAAUUCCACAGCAGGUCUGCACAAGAACAACCUUCAAAACUGUGGGGCACCAGCAAGGAAAAAUAAACCAAAGCUUCUACUCAAAGAGAAGGACUAACGCUGAACACCAGAUGAAGAAUCUGGGGUAGUGCUUCAAGUACAGGCCAAGGGAAAAAAGCAGCAGUGACUUCGUAUUACCACACUCCCAUAACAUCCAGGAAAGAGUGAAAAGGAGGCCCUCGUGGGAGAGCAAGCCUCUCAGGAGAGUACCUGAAUGUCUAUGAAAGCUGGUGAUGGGUGAAUGACUGCCUCUGUGAGAGCUCCUGCUUCUGAGUCUAGAGAUCCCUACCUUCCAUAAACGAUGAGAUCUUUCUAUAAGACGGAGGUCCUCCAGCUCGUUCUUCCUAAGGUCUGAGUUUGGACAGACAAUUCUCAUUUGCUCAGCCAUUUCAGGGUGUCCUAGUCUGGUAACAGCCAGGAUUCUCUGCUGUCAUCACAUGGUAACCAUCAGCAGAGAAAAAUCUUAGAAUAUAUGACUGUAGACAUCCAUGUUGGUUGCCAUCCUGAAUUUUGGCAGAGAAACACAUAGAUUGAUUGGUCUGAAUAAAGUAAUUUAAUUUGUUUGGUUAUAAUUUCAGUUAUUGAUUCACACCCCCAAAAUAUUUACUGUCAUUACAUUGGACAGGUUUUGGAUCUGUUUUUAUGUGUCAUUGUUGGAUGCUUCUGUUCUGUGUGGCUUGUGUUUGUAUUUUGAUUACUAUUUGUUUAGGCUUUAUAAACUCUUUUAAUUGACUGAUGUUUUCAUACCCAAGCUUGAACUCUAAGGCCCAGGUGGCUCCUAUCAAUUGUGGUAGUGGUUUGGUAAAGCACUCCAGUUAAAGUUUGCCUAAUGCUAUGAAAAUUAAUUUGCUUGUGGUAGAAAACAACAUCAGCAGCUGGAAAAUGUUUUGGAGAGAAGAUCCACCCAUUCUUCAGAUGAACAGGAAGCAGCUUCAGCUCUAGCUCUUUGUUGGUGCCAGGUUAAAGGAAAACCUAGUAUUUUGCAACUUCUGUCUUGUCAAACAGCAGGUACUAUGAUUGUCAUUCUCAAAGAGUCCUGUUCCUUGUACCAGAGCCCUCACAGGUUGGACUCUAUUAACUUAUUUUAUCUAUUUUCUUGUUCCACAGCUCCCCUGUCAUUUCUAGCCUGUAUAGUCAGUGUUGAGAUCAUCCUCAAGCGUUGGCAAGUAGCUAAUGGUCAACUCAAAUAGCUGACAGAAGAAACAGUGUCAGAGGGAGAAAGUAUUUUCUAUUACAGUUAUAGUAUUCAUGUUCACUCUUGGAUUUUCCUGUCAUUUAAGACCAGAUAAAUUGUGAGAAGAUGAAAUAAUUGUGUUCAUCCCCCAGUCACUUCACUGACACUUGCUCCAGGCAUGAGUUCAUAAGACAGAACAUGCAUUUUUCUGCUUCUGUUCCACUCUCACAUUCAACAUUGAAUACUUCAUUUGUCCAAAAUGCAGCUCUCUGACAUGGUUGUUGCUUCUCUUACUUAAUUGGCUUUUCUUUUAUUUCCUGGACAGUCAUCAUCCUAAUCACAUUUCUCUGCAUUUUUUCAGUGUUCUUGUACUUUCAUUUUUUCUUGUGGUCUUAAAGAAUCUUCACAGCAUUUGUCUGCUGUGCUGCCAUCACAUAUCAGUGACCCAGAGAUUUGUAAAGUCUGUGAAGUUACCUAGAGAUCAUGUCCCUUCUGUCUAUGAUCACUAAAUUCCACCAAUGGAUCUUCAAGAUAGAUGUUUCUACUGAUGCAUCAAGUUGUAGGCUCAUGAUUAGUGAAAUGAUACUUGCAGAAGUUGUUACCUCAAACUUCUGCACAUCCUCAGCAGCUGUGGGCUUCAAGACAUUGGAUCUGUCUUCUCAUCAUUUACUCUGCUAUGGCAUGAUAUUUGCUAUAGGUUUGCCUCUGAGAUUUAACCUCAGUAGAUAAGAGACCAUUCCUUUCUUUGUCCCAGGGGAUCUGAGUUAUCCUUAUUUGACUGGCUUUCAUGUAGAAGAUCGAGCAGCUGUACAUCCUUGUGGAACUCUCAUUGGUUUGUCUUCUCUAGUGUCUAGUUCAUGUUGUCACAGCCACCACUGAAAACAGAGAGACUUGGCAGGUAGAGAUGUAAAUGCACAUUCAGCACAGUAGAGGUAUUUGUCUUUGGAAGAUCAUUGGCAGAAAUGGUAUUUUUACAUCUUUGUCUGGUAAACUGUUAAUUGGUGCUGGCCCAUUAUGAAUAUCGCUUAAUUGUUUUGUCAGCUUUGCCAGUCCCCUUGGUUUGGGGUAAUGAUUUGUACUCUGUUAUAGCCAGCAUGUUUCCUGAACUUCUUUGCAUUGCAUGUUAGAUGUAGCCAACAGAGCAUCUCCUCCUGUGAUGCCUUAGCAGCAGUGUCUCAGACAUCUUGCCUCUAAGAUCUUUUACAAAUAUUUACAGAAAUGCAUGUCUAAGGCUCUCACUUCAAAUAGAUUAAUUUUGUCAGCUCCAGGAAGAGCAAAGUCUUGAAUCUUCUGCCCCUAGAAGGUUUUUUGUCUGCACUCAACAAAUAAAAAUGCCCCCAGGUUUCAAGACUGGUCCUUUACUUCAAGCCAAACAUCUGGACCUUGAACUGUUCAGCCUCAGGAUAUGUUAGAGCAACUAGCACAUCAAUGGAAAUAGCAGUAUUCCUUUGCCUUGGGCAUCUGCUGAUCACAGCUCUGAGCACAGAGUAACCUUGGGAGCAUGUGCAAUAAAGAAUACGGAUCAAA